AUGGCACACGCUGCAGCGGCAGUGCACAAGAAGAAGCCACACACGCGCUUGCUUGCGCUGCUGGCAUUGUUUUGGGCGUGCCUGCAGACAGCGCAGCCGGUGCGGGCUUUGGCUGGGCCAAUUGUGAGGUGCUCAUCGCGACCUUCGUCUUCGACAUCUUCAAGCAUAUCGACAGGUCCUCAUCGUCAACUUCGUCCUCUUCGAGUGUCUCCUCGCCGAGCUCUUCAGGAGGCUUCGGAGCCUUCGGAAAGUGAGGACGACGAGGAAAAGGAGCAGGCUGCCUCUACACAGACCGCCGACCCGGUCGAAGAUGCCCCCAAGGACGAGCAGCUGCAGAAGACAGCUCUGGAGAACGAGGAUUUGGCCGCAGCCCGACGAGCACGAGACAGGGCAGAAGCCACGGUAGCCAGACUUGACCGUGUGGUUGCGGCCUUGUGGGAGCAGUGGCUUCCAGAAUUUCAAAGCGGCAACAACAAAAAGGCCGAUGAGGUCAAGACGCAACUAGAGGACGCCCAGACGAAACUAGAGGACGCCAAGCAGGAGCUCAACGUCGCCAAGCAGGAACUCAACGAUGCUAAGCAGGAGUACGAGCAGGCCAAAGCAAGCGCCCAGGCAGGACCAGCGCAGGUUGAAAGCACUUUGGCAGACAUGGCAUUGGUGGUGAAAACAGCAGUAAAGGAAGCAAUGGCUAUUGGGCUGACGGUCUCGCGGACCGUUCUGUGGAACGACGCAUAUGGACCCGACACCAACGAUCAAGAACUAUGCGGACGCACUGGCGAGCCUGUCCUCUCUGUCAAACAACUAAGCAGUCUUACCGAGCAGCGCACGGAGCAGGACCUGGUGGCUUUCAUUUUGCCCACCUUGAGAUCGUUGUUCCCGGAGGACCAGAUCGUCGACUCACAAAAUCGCCGUUGGCUUUUAAGCGGUUUGUCACCUGAUUUGUUCCGAUGCAUGGUAUGUGAUGGCAAUGCACAUAGUGGCACGCCACAUAAGGAGAUGCUCGAUUGUGUGUCUGUCUUUGAAGCGAAGUUGGCGAUUAGGAAUGACGGCCGUGGUCAGCUGUAUGAGUAUCUAUGUCGCCUUCCUUCCAAGCAUGCAAGGGGCAUGAUAUUCGAUAAAAGCGGCUUUGAGCUGUACCACGUGGCUGGGCAAUGUGGGAGCCGCAAAGCACUCUUAGAAAGGAUUUGCGGGGCCUGGUCCGCCCCUGGAGGGAAAAAGCUCCUAUGCGAUUUUCUUUCUCAUUAUUCUCCAUGGGAACGUUUGUUGCGCCAAUCUCUGCGACAGGCUGGUGCUGUUCCCAUUGCUUUCCUAGGCAGUGGAGCAUUCGGACGUGUUUUGGAAGCGAAACACAAGCGAAAUGAGCAAAUUGAAAGGAUUGCCAUCAAGGCCGUUCUCGCAGUUGGCGUGCCAAACGGAUUCAGCCCCGGAGCGGAGGUCGAAGUCAUGAAGAGGGCCUGCGAGAAGGGCUGCCCAGUAGUGGCUCCUUCAUCAGACUGCAUCGAGGUCGUAGAAAGCAACAAGGUUCUGGGAUGGUUUCACAUCCUCGGUGAUGUUGGUACCCCGGUACCAGUGGACACGGCCCAGGCGAAGUGGCGAGACCUUGUCGAAGCCUUGCGCCAACUACACUUGAAAGGCUUCGUCCAUGGAGACCCACGCCUCGCAAACGUAGUUUUGCUCGGUGAAAACUUUAAGUGGAUUGAUUUUCUGGGACAACCAGUUUUCACGCGGGCUUCGCAGGAGACGGACGUUCAGAUCCUCAUGACUGAUCUGGUUGGCCAAAAAGACCCGGUUCAGUUUGACGUGCAGUUUGACGGAUGGCCAACAAAUUCAGCCUUCAUCGAUAAUGUGCUGCAGCCCUUGAUGUCUUCUGUCACAAGCUGA